AUGUUAACACCCACAUCACUCCACAACAUCGGCUUCAUCCCCAGAACCAACAGGCAGAUCCUGCAUCUUUUGCCCUCGUCCCCCAGUGACUCCAUCUACCUGCAUCACCCACUAUCUCUCCCCUACCAGCCGGGCGUUCGUUCCUGCAACAUCUUCCAUCACACUCGACUUUAUGUCUCUCACCUCUCUGUCCUUCAUUUACUAUCUCUCCCACUUCUCUAUAUUAUAGUUAGCGUCGCUUUCUCUCUCUCUCUCUUCUUUAUGUUUCAGUGUCUACCUCUCUCUCUCUUCUCUAUGUUUCAGUUUCUACCUCUCUCUCUCACUUCUCUAUGUUUCAGUUUCUACCCCUCUCUCUCUCACUUCUCUAUGUUUCAGUUUCUACCUCUCUCUCUCUCACUUCUCUAUGUUUCAGUUUCUACCCCUCUCUCUCUCACUUCUCUAUGUUUCAGUUUCUACCCCUCUCUCUCUCACUUCUCUAUUUUCUACCCCUCUCUCUCUCACUUCUCUAUGUUUCAGUUUCUACCUCUCUCUCUCUCACUUCUCUAUGUUUCAGUUUCUACCUCUCUCUCACUUCUCUAUGUUUCAGUUUCUACCUCUCUCUCACUUCUCUAUGUUUCAGUUUCUACCUCUCUCUCACUUCUCUAUCUUUCAGUUUCUACCUCUCUCUCACUUCUCUAUCUUUCAGUUUCUACCUCUCUCUCACUUCUCUAUCUUUCAGUUUCUACCUCUCUCUCACUUCUCUAUCUUUCAGUUUCUACCUCUCUCUCACUUCUCUAUCUUUCAGUUUCUACCUCUCUCACAACUCUCUUCCUCACGCGAUCUGUUUGA